AUGGGAUCCCAGGGAAAGGACACCGCUACCUACCACGACGACUUCCCCAUCCUCCAUGACUCUCGCCCGGACGAUGUCUCCAUCCAUGCCUUUAUGGUCUCUACCACCCGUGGCUUUCUCCCUCGUAUGGACCCCAUCGUGACCCUACCCGCCGAGUUCGACCCACUUGAAUCCAUCCUCCAACGCAUGCCAGUCACGACUGCAUCUGGAGAGCCAGGCCUACUUGCCCAGGGCAAAGGGCAGCUUGGCGAAGCUGUCGACAAGGAGCUACCGGACUUGACCGAGUUUGUGGACAAGUAUAGGCAUGACCUACCCUUGAUGAACGCCUUGUACCGGGAUUACUCGUUCCUGGCAUCGGCCUAUCUGUUGGAGCCGUGCCAUGAGAGGUUUGUGAUUGGGGAGGAGUAUGGGUUGGGGAGGCAGGUAUUACCGGCAAAUGUGGCGAGGCCGAUUGCUAAAUGUGCUGAGAUAUGCGAGUUCAAACCCUUCAUGGAAUAUGCCGGCUCCUAUGCUCUCUUCAACUACCGUCUUGUCGACCCCUCCCUCGGCUUCUCAUUCUCCGAACCUUCCAAUGUUCGCCUGAUCCGCGCCUUUGAGCAUGGUUUGGACCCCACCUCUUCAGAAGCCGGUUUCGUUCUCGUCCACAUUGACAUGGUCCGCCACUCUGGUCCGCUCGUAGCCGGCGCCGUGGCCUCUCUGGACGCCUGCCGCAGGUCUACCCUCUCCUCUUCGUCUACUCAUCCCGAGAUGACCGAACUGUCCGCCCGCCAAUCCCUCAAUGUCUCCCUGUCGCAGAUGCUAGCCGCCCUGAAGAAAAUCAACGCCAUGAUGGAAACAAUGUGGAAGCGCUCCAAGCCCGACGACUAUACCUCAUUCCGUACCUUCAUCUUUGGCAUCACCAAGCAGAGUAUGUUCCCCAACGGCGUCGUGUACGAGGGUCUUCCGGACUUGAACGGGAGGCCGCUCUCAUUCCGCGGCGAAUCCGGAGCCAACGACUCGAUGAUCCCUCUCAUGGAUAACCUCUUGCAGAUCCCCAUGCCUGACACGCCGCUAACCAAAAUCUUGGACGAUUUCAGGUCGUACAGACCUAGCAAUCAUCGGGCGUUUUUGGAAUGGGUGAAGAGGGGCAGCGAGGAGGUGGGGUUGAGGAGGUGGGCGCUUGCUCUUGGCGAUAGUGGUAGAGGUAGCAAUGAUACAAUGACCGAGGAAGAGAGGGCUGAGGUGAGGCACUCGCGUAGCCUUUGGAUUCAGGUCCUCAACCAGGUUCGUGACUUCCGUUGGCGCCAUUGGUGCUUUGCUAGGGAGUAUAUCCUUAAGCAGACCAGCCAUCCGACGGCUACGGGGGGUAGUCCGAUUGUGACGUGGUUGCCGAAUCAAUUGCAGGCUGUGAUGGGACAUAUGAUGGGUUUGUAUGAGAGGAUGGGUGGAGAUGAGGCGGGUGGCUUGGGUGAGGAGUGUAAGGAUAUCAUGGAAUUGGUGAGGAGACAGGAUGAGACGUUGAAGAAGGAGGUUAGGAAGUACUGCGAGGAGAGGGGGGUGUCUGGCGCCUAG